GUUUGACAUAUCCAGUUUUCUCAGUGCAAAAUUCAAUAACUUCUAUUUAAAAAAAAUUCGAUGACUAAAUUUACAAAUGAAAGUACUUUCUACUGGGGAAUAAUUUCCAAAAAUGCCAAGUUGCCCUCCAACUUGUUCGAAAGUCAAAAGAGAUCUAAAGAAACUAGCUGCUGAGCGAAAAAGAGCACUCGAAGGAAGACCUGGACCAUCGCAGGAAAAAUCCACCGAAUUAGAGGAGGAAUUAUAUAAUUAUGAACUUGAUGAAGCAUUGUCAAAAAGUGCACGCUCGAAGUCAGGAAAAAGUUACAAAAGUGUAGAAGCAAAAAGUUUGUGUUCAGGUAGAAGCAACUUGAAGAAUACAGGAAAUGAUUUUGAAGAUAGUGAUGAUUAUGAAAAAAGUAACGAUGAAUCAAGAGAUGAAAGAUAUGAGCGUCAAUGUUUUCAAAUAGUUGAAGAUUUACCGAGAACAAAAAGAAGAGGUCGAAGAAGAAAUAGAGAAGAAUACGAAUCAGAUGAAUCGGGGGAUUAUACAUCGCCGAGUCGUAAACACUGCGCUUCAAAAUGUUCUUCAAAAAAAUCAAAAGAUGAAGCUAUAAAAAGAAAACAAAAGGAUCCAGAUGAUUAUCGCCUUAACAAAGGAAUUAAUUAUUUUGACGACCUAUGUUUCUGUUCUUCCCUUUGUCUAGCUAAAAACUUAUGGUCUAAAGCAGGUAUUAGAAAAUUCAUCUUUUCUCUGGCGCUAUUUGGAGUGGGUUUUAAAAUUUGCUACGAUCUAGACGGUUGGCAAAUUCGAGUUUAAAUAAAUUGGCAGAAUUUAAAAAAAAUAAAAUUUUAAUAAAUUCUCUAAAAAAUUAUACUUUGGGCAUUGAUAAUUUAA